GCGCAUUCCAUCCUCCGCCUGGUGACGUCACGCGCGGCCCUUGAUGAGGCUGUGAGGCUGUCCAACGAGCGCCGGUGACCGACGUUGUGGCAGUCCACGCGAGCCGCAAGGUGACAGUGGAACAGGCGGCGGCGAGGACAACCAAACAGGACCCCGGAGACCACCCACUGUACGACUUCCUGUGCAGCUGGCGGUGAGAGUACAGUGCGGAUCAUAACGCAACAAACAUUUAACACGCAACACAGCAGUGUAACAAGUUCACAGCAGCGCGGCGUAACACCACACCGACAUCCCGGUGUACAAACACGCCGAGAACAUGACAGUGUAAUCGUGUGCCCAUGUAUGUAAGUAGAGGCGCAGCCCUGCAAGUGUUUGCCAUGCGAUGUGUAAAGUUGGGCGCUCCGACUCCGUGGGUGACGGCCACAGAGAGCCCCUGGCGUGAAGAGGGUAGUUUUGGCCUACUCCUCCACUCUGACCAGACAGAUGGGUUUGCAGAGGGAAUCAUAUGAUACGAUUAAAAAUAUGUUGUAAUAAAAGACACUGUUUAUAUAUGAAAGGUUAAACAACAUACGCACAGUAAUGGACGCAGUCUCUUGGCAAUCUGCCGCUGGAUGAAGGCCGUCCGUCAAUCGUCCCCACACGAGUCUGGUCCGUGCCGGUUGGUGCUAAAGGGCCUGGGACCGGUUUUGGUAUCGCUCUUCACUGGCCUGAGCGAGUGAGCUAACUGUGACCGCCAUCUCGCAUUGGAACUUGUGUCUACGGGACCCCUGGAAUCUGGGGACGGAGCAGAGGGGUCAGGGUGGGGGGCCAGGGCAGUGGGGGUCAUGGAGGGCAGCGCCCCAGACUACGUGACGGCACAGCUGCUGGGCAUGGUCAACCAGGACGACAUCAGCGCUGUGGUGCAAGCGCAGCGCCACAUGUUGGACCGGUUUGAGAAAACGAACGAGAUGCUGCUGAACUUUAACGAGCUGUCAUCGUCGCGCCUCGCCUCCAUGACAGAACGCUUCACCCAGCACACGCGCACGCUCGCCGACAUGCGCCGCGACCUCGACACCGUCUUCCGUCGCAUCCGAACUCUGCGGCGCAAGCUCGAGAAGCAGUACCCCGAGUCGUUCAGCCGCUGCCAUGAGGCGGGGGCCGAGGAGGAGCGGGAGGGUCGUCGUGAGGCAGCGCGGGGCGCGGCGCCGUCAGCAGGGGGCGCGCGUCCCCCUCCUCCCGGACCCCCGUGAGCGGCAUGGAGAGGGGAUCCAGGCGCCCUGGCUGCAGUGGUGACGACCGUGGAGUUUGACCGUUCACUGUGGGGUUUUUUUUCCCCUGGGUGCGUGACCUACGGGUCGGGGUCCUUUUCUGCACUUUCAUCGGCAAGACAGCUGGAAAUUCACACGCCGUGUCCACACGCAAACACACCCAGAUCUUCACGUGAACACACGCAACUAAACCGGCAUCAGCCGGUUGCGAGUAACGCCCACGUGGAUUUCACCGCGUAUUGUCGAGCAGUGCUCGGAAAAGUCACCAACGGCAUUGCACGACUCCACUCUAUUGGACAUUACACUCAUUAGCCCCAACGCACCUAUACCUUCGAUACAUGUGCAUUUAGGCAUGGGCAGUGUAGACUAUUGCUGCCUGCUUGGCUUCGUGUCCCAGGUCUCUUGCUGAAGGAAUCGUGCAUUUCAGUGGCUCUGGACUGGGUAAAUAAAGACGUUCGAUCAACUCCAA